GCUAAGUGUAUGUUUGGUGGUUUAUUAAUCGUUUCGAUUAUUUUCUUGUCCAGCUCACUUUUAGACUUGUACUUCUAUCUUGCAAAAUGGCGGUCUUUCCUGCAUUUACCAUCAAAGUCUCGGAAACAGGGGAUUGGGGGUGUGACCGUCGAGGAUGUUUUUUUUAAUUGAAGUGAAUGUUGGACCAAACAACGUUAGCUAAAUAUUUUUUUUAAGCUUUUUCUAAAUGUGCGUUAUAUUUAACACAUUUUAUUGAGUUUUCGGGGCGCCUUUAGACCCAUUGUGCCAUUUAGAAUAACAAGUGUCCCCUCUGUCAAAACAUGCUGGUGCAGACAGAAAAUGUCAGGGGGGUAAUAACCAUGAACGAGGAAUAUGAAACAAAGUACUUCUGCAACUCAGCUGAGGAGUGGAAAGCCGAGGGGGUGGAGCAGCUGCGACUCAGCACAGUGGACCUGACCGGUGUGCCCAGUCUAGAGAACCUGCACAGAGGAGUGGAGUUUGCACUCAGUCACCGGGAAAAGGGCUCCAGUGUGUAUGUCCACUGUAAGGCUGGACGCUGUCGCAGUGCUACACUAGCUGCUGCAUACAUCAUAAGGAUACACUGCUGGAGUCCAGAGGAAGCAUGUCAGAUGUUGGCCUCUGUCCGACCACAUGUAAUAAUUCGUUCAUCACAGCUGGAGAUGCUUCGGCGGUACCAUCAGCAAGUCUGUGGCGGGGGUUCCAUUUAAGAUUGAGGCUGCCAGCAUACUUAUUGCACUUAUACAGAAACUGUAAAUUUAGCGUUGUCAAGGCGAACAAUAUGCUGCUUGAAGGGAUUUUUGACCUUGAGCUCAUUCUUUUACAUAGUUUUGUUACUCAACUGGAUCAAGUGUAUAUUGUAUAAUUCUCAAAUGUUGUAUAAUUCAAGUGUCAUCACAGCUCAUCAGAACAUGGGGUAUAUAAUAAAUUGCCAUCCCAAUCAAAGUACUGACAGGUGGGUGAAGGGGGUGUAUUUAAAAGCAUGUUUCUACAGAUUUUUUUUCUUCCUUAAUUAGGACAUUUGAUUACAAUUUCUAUGUUAAGAAAAUUAGUGAUAUUUCCGUUGGUACUAAUUUCACUGAUCGUUUGAUAGUAUUCUAUAUGGGUUGUAAAAACUUAUUGGAAAAUUAUAUUAUUAUAAAAGGAUAGUCAUUGAAACAUAACUGGAGUGAACACGGGGCCUAAUUGUCUGGAAAGCCCAGGUUGAAAUGAGCGUUUGAAUCAGGAAAGGUUACUCUCACAACCUCUACAAACCAUGUUGAAUAAAGUGAUAUGUUAACGUA